AUGGAAUAUUUAUCAGUUUUCUUAUAUUUCAUUUUCGUUUUACUUGUCUUUUGCCUUAACAUUAUCAACAAUAACAACACAACAAAUAAUAAUAAUAAAAAUAUUAAUGAUAAUGAUUAUAGAAAUAGUGCUAAUAAAAAAGAAAGUAAACAAACUUCCAAAAAUGUCCAUUUGGAAUUUGUUUACUUAAAUUUAAAAUCUAAUAAUAAUAAUAAAUUAAAAGCUUUAAAUUUAUUAGAAUACUAUUUUUUAUAUUUCAACUUAUUUGAAAAUUGGGACACAAUAAAGAGCAUCCUGCAUUCAAAAAAAUUUAUGAAAACUCGAUCAAAACAACCAUUUUGCUAUUCAAAUACGCCAGUGCAAGUUCUCGUGGAAGAAGAAUAUAAUAUUGCCUCCCAAGCCCAGGUAUGUUUUCUUAAACAUCUCCAUAAUUUGCCAAUAAAUGAAAUAGUUUCAACAUUUGAAUUUUUCAUUAAGUGCCACCAAGAAUCUUUAUCAAAAGGAACAAAAGUUAUAGUUAACUUUUCCAACGGCACUCUUAUCUUUGCAAGUAUAGAAAACGUGCUUCAAAAAAUUCAUAAAAGUUACAUAUUGGAAAAAAAUCACAAGAUAGAAACUUUAAUCUGGGAACUCUCUGGUCAAAUCUGUUUCGAUGAAGCUUACAAUUUUUAUCCAUUAUCACUCUCCAGUUUUAAAAUUUUACUUAGAUCCGUAGGAGAACACAAAAUAGUCAUUAGAUGUCUUAAAUGUAUCCGAUCAGUAAGUGAAUUUAACAUGGGUAUAAUCGAAACUUUUUUGAAUACAAAAAAAAAUUUUAAACCAAUAGACGCAGAAAGAUCAACAUUGAUGUAG